GUACCCAAUCAAUUGGCAACCACUUGGGAUCUUCUUCGUACUACAUAGUAGGAUGUAUUUUCCCCAGCCUUACGCUUAUCGCUUAUGCCUUGGCCGGCUUGGUUCAUUUGUGCCGGAUUGCCGCCUUCUCACGAUCCAGACGUUGCCAAGACGCUCCAAACCUGAAGCAUAUGCCAUACUACACAGACCAACAAGACCAAUACAGCUACUGUUUUCGUAUAAUCCCAUACGACAACCGAGACAGUCCAGUCCAGUCCAGUCCGUCUUGUCUCUUCUCUCGUCGAUAACCUGACCCUGACACCAGAAACGGAAUGGGCUUCUUUUGUUCGUAGAGCCAAUAUCCCUUGGCGGCACUGCUACCCUCGCAAUCUCAAUUUCAAUCUUAUGGCUGCUUAUUUCCAGAGCUCAGAGCUAGCUAGCUAGGUUGGACACCUUCUCUUUGCUUGACAUUAUGAAUUAAUGUCGUGCGCCUCUUGUUCGAGCAGUUGAGCGAGCGAGCGCGUACCCCGUUAACGAAGCACCUACUUCGGGCCAUUUGCGCAGGCCCUGUUCAGGAUGGCGCUGCCGCCUAGGAAAGUCGUUGUCUUAGCUGUAUGUAUUCUUAGUCUGAGCACCAUCUUCGUCUGGUCUCGCUAUUACAAAAGCGCAGCUUUCGAACGACCCUUCCACUUUUCCAUAUUGACCUUCCUAUUCUCCGGCCUCGUCCUCUCCGCCUAUGCUAGAUAUAUACUGCGCUUGGAGUCGAGCCACGCACCCUCAGCCGAUGGGAAUACCUUACCCAAAACCUUCGCCGGCCUUCUGAAAUCUCCUUUUCGGCUUCGCUUCCUCUCCACGUCCUUCGCGCUGUUGCUAUUCUGCCUUGUCGCCCGCACUAUCUUGUAUUGGCGGACUAUUCGUACUAUCCACUGUUCGUGGGAUGGACUUCAGUCCUUCCUCCCCUUUCUCCUUAUCAUACACGACUUCCUCGAGCUGCGACCUCUACAUCUUCCGAGAUAUGGAUACGAUACACAAGCCGAAGCCUCAGGCUCUUCUGCCUUCAUAAAAUACGCCCUUGUCGCACUGUUCUGGGGCUUGGCGGCUACCGAUACUCUCCUCCUUUCCGAGCGCACGACCGGUGCGAUAUGUCCCGGCGGAACACACAUCGAGCGCUUUAUACCUCUUGCUCAAUUAGUCACAUUAGCCUUGGACACCGUGGUGAUAUCACAGGUUGGGAGACUGCGACAAAACAGCGAGGCGCAACCAAAAACAUGGCAUUUUCUUGGCACGUUAUUUCUAAGUUCAGCAGCUGUCCUGGCAUUCUUGGCUGUUUGGUCAUGUUUUGACUAUGCCAGCUUUCAAUGGAACGUCUUCCUUACUUGGCUCGCCGUGGGAGACCUGCUUCUUGACAGCAUGGCCGUGACGGCAGCUAUAGUCUCGACCAUUUACCUUCUUGGCUAUUUUCAUAGUAUUUUAGUGAGCCUUCUACUUACAACUACAGGUAUCUUCGUGUAUCUACAAUGGAGGAUAUUGGAUGGAACCAUGGUCAAGCUCUGGUCUAAUUGGUGGGGUCUUGUAACGGGCGUUUGGCUGUUCCUCGGAGCUGGUAUAUUGUUUCGUUCUAGCAAAGCUAGCACUUUUCAGGUUCAAUCGACCGGCGAAGGCGUUAUAUCCAGGAACCGAUAUGGCCUUUAUGCCCUCUUGGCUUUUUCUCUUAUAUUCUGCCAGACCAUCUUCAUGAGCCCAGGCGGUUUCCGACCUACCCCUGGUCCCAUAAUUGCCAAUGCUAAAAGCGAGUCAGACACUUGGAUAGCUGGAGCUUCGAAGAGCAAGUCCCUAAAGGAGGCUGUCAAGGAGUAUAGAGAGUGCUAUGGGAUGCCUCCUCCCCCCAACUUCGACAAGUGGUACAUAUUUGCCACUUCAGUCAAAUCCCCAGUAAUCGAUACGUUUGACCAGAUUCACGCAGACCUCCUCCCUUUCUGGGGUACUGCGCCUUCUGUCAUCCGUCAGAGGACGGCUCAUUUGCUCGAGCAUCCGUCACUCUCCAUAGGCGGUAUCAUUAUUGAUGGAGGCAAGAUUGAAAUAUCACCGCACAUCCAUGGUACCCAUCGUUGGAUGAUGGACGUUACUAAGGAUAUGCUUGGUCCUUUUGCGCAGUGGCUCCCAGAUAUGCAACUUGCCUUCAAUCUCGAUGACGAGUGCCGCAUAUCCGUACCACUUGAUCGCAUGAAGGCAUACAUAGAAGAAGGAACCAAAGCUCGAGCAAGGCUUAGCACAAAGCAGAAGUUCUUGCCGUUUAGUAAGGUCCAGGAACCGCCCUGGGCGAAAGAUUACCUGCAGGCGGACGAGAGUAUUUGGGAGAAGAAAUCGCCAUGGUUCUCUAACAGAUCCAAGAGACAGAUCUUCUACGAGUGGAUUCCCCCAACGUGUCCUGCAGACUCGCCGGUAAACAGGUAUCGUUGGUGGAAUAGGAAAGCGGAAUGUCUAAGUUGUUCCGCUCCGCAUAUGAAGCACGACUUUAUAUCUAACUGGACAUUGUCUGGUGACCUAUGCCAUCAGCCCGACCUUGCGUAUCUGCAUGGUAUACUGCUAUCACCGUCUGCCAUGGCGCCUUCGCAUACGCUAUUCCCAGUCUUCAGCCAGAGCCGGUUAUAUAACUUUGCUGAUAUACUUUACCCGAGCCCUUGGAACUUUGGCGAGAAGGUCGAAAUUGAGAACAAUAAAAGUAUCCCCUGGGCUCAAAAGCUUAACAGCGUAUACUGGCGCGGUGCCUCGUCUGAUGGGUAUGCUGUACAUGGUGCCUGGCAGACGUUUUUGCGGGCUAGGUUCGUAAUGAUGGCUACCAAAGCAAAGAUAUCCAUCCGAGCCAAGUCUCUCUUCAACUUGAUUCAUAACACAAAAGAUACCCUUUCCACCCUACGUUCGAUGGCCUCGGCGACUCCACCUCCCUCGCAAGAUCCGCCUAUCCCCGAUAAUCAUCUUGUUGUCAAUGUCUCGUUCGUUGGUGACUUCAAUCGCUGCGACGAGCGCGACUGCAAAGCCGAGCAUAUUACCUUCUACGGCUCAUCCACAGCCGAGCCCCCGCCCUCCCUCGACUUUCAGGAGCACUGGCGUCACCGCCAUCUCAUCGACCUCGACGGCGCAGCAUUCAGCGGCCGCUUCUUGCCGUUCCUCAAGUCCAGCUCCUUGCCGUACCGCGCCGCCCUCUUCCGCACCUGGUGGGAGGAACGCGUCCAUGCCUGGAGACACUUCGUGCCGCUGGACGUCCGGCUCGGCGACCUCUGGGGCGCCGUGAGUUACCUGGGCGGACCGGGCCUAGCCGACGCGGACGAAAUCGCGCAGGCGGGUCGCGACUGGGCGCUCCGGUCUCUCCGCAAGGAAGAUAUGCAGGUUUAUAUGUUUCGGUUGCUUCUAGAGUGGGGACGACUGGUAGAUGAUCGGAGGGAGGAUCUGGGAUUUACUUUAUAAGUUAAAGAGGGGAAUGGGUACGAAAAGUUUUGGCUUAGUUAUAGGCGGUAUCUAGCUACCCAUGCAUUAGAUACCACGGGAUGGGGCAUUUGUAUACAUAUAACAUAUACGGGCGGACUGGGUACAUGCAGGUUUUCUUAUACCUUUUGUUGUUGUUGUUGCUGCUUCUGCUGCUGCUAGCCAUUGCUACUAGUGGCUUGAAUGGAUUUUUCUUUUCUUUUUACGCUUUGAUACCACGAGAAAGACGAAUGGGCCGCUGGAAAUGGUAAUGUAUAUGUUAAAUCAGAGGGGUAUAUAUGAGGUAGACAUGAUAUGACACGAUGAAUAGAAGUCAACUUUGAACAAG